AUGGCUGCCUCGGCGGCGGCGGGUUCUUGUCCUGGUUUGUGCCCGAGCUUUGCUGUUGUUUGCUCAUUUCUGGAGCGCUAUGGCUCUGUUCUGGAUUUGCCCGAACUUACUUUUCCGCAGCUGGAGCGAUAUCUACAGGAGACUUCGACAGUUCCUAAACUUUUAGUGGAGCUUCAUGUAAAGUUGCUGAGAAAAAUUGGGAAGUCUGUAUCAUCAGAAAGAUGGGAGAAGUAUCUGGUGAAGGUGUGUCAGGAAUUCAACAGUACCUGGGCUUGGGAAUUAGAGAAGAAGGGGUAUCGGGAGAUGACUGUUGAAUGCAAGGCAGGAAUCCUCAAAUACCUAUGUGAGUGCCAGUUUGAUGACAAUGUCAAGUUCAAGACCACCAUCAAUGAGGAGGAUCCUGAUAAGAUGCGACUACAGCCUAUUGGUCGAGACAAGGAUGGUCUUAUGUACUGGUUUCAACUGGACCAAGAUCAUAACGUACGUGUUUAUGUGGAGGAACAAGAUGACCUUGAUGGAUCCUCCUGGAAGUGCAUUGUAAGGACACGGAAUGAACUGGCUCAGGCAUUGGCGCUAUUAAAAACCCAGAUUGAUCCAGCAUUAUUGGCCAAAAAGGAACCAGAUAAUGGAUCUGCCAGCACCAGUUCAAGCCCAGAGGAAGAGGAAAACAGGGAUGCAUGUGUUGAAGGGCAUGUGAAAAAGAAAGAAAGCCUAGAAGAAGCUUCAGAAGAUGGUAAGUCAUGCAAGGAUGCUGUGUGUUCAGUUUCUUCAGAAGAUGGAAGUAUGGGAAAGCCUCUUCUGGAAGAAAUGGAGAACUUGAAGCAAGAAGACCUCACAGAGUGCAAACGAGCACCUGUGAAAGCUGAAGAGAGCAAAGAUAAAGAGGAAACAAGCAAACUGGGAACAGUGAAAGGACAACCUUCAGUAGGCAUUAAUAUCCAAGCUGUUAGCACCGCUGUUAAAGAAGAACCAAAAGAACAGUCCAUAAAUGCCAAGGGUGACACCCCGAGUGUGAAAUUGAUGGAAAGAACCACAGACUAUUUGGAUAGCACCAUAAAGUCAGGAGAUCUUGACGAAAUGAGGAAGAAGACAGCAGAGGAAUUCCAGAGGGCUAUGAGGAGUGACCAGCAGGCUAAGAUUCCCCUAAAGAAGAGGGAGAUGAAACUGAGUGAGGAUUUUGAUAACAGCAAUGUAAGCAUGUGUGUUGUCUUCCGAAACCGUAAUGCCAGUUCAGCCAAAGAGCCACCAGAAGAGACUGGAAAGGACAAGGAGGUUAUCAGUGUGUAUUCUAGAAAGCUGAUGGAAGACGCAAAAGACCAGAAUAAUGGAGAAGUUAGACCAGUCCAUGAAAAAAAUAAUGCAAAUAAAGAUAACACUUUUCAUACAGAAAGACCUAAAGAAAAUAGCAUAAAACAAACAGCCCAGGUUGAGGACAUAUUUUCAGAAGAUGGCAAAAAGGGAAGGCUGAGUUCACCCAAAGUGGAAGAGAUGAUUGAGAAGCAGCAGGUCAACCAACCCAAGGAACCUGACCAACUGAAGACCAUUACAGCAGUUGGGGAAACAGAUGCUUUGUUUGGCUUGAAAGACACAAAAGUAAGGGGAAAAGAAAAUGUAUCUGGCUGGGUUGCCACUGCAGUACCCGAAAAGGAAACACAAGCAUCUAGUGUCAGAGGAGUACAAGAAAAAGAAACCUCUUCAGCCUUCAGUUCAACGGCAGCGUAUGGCACGGAGGCCGCGCACGACACGGAGGCUGUGACAGCGCACGGCAUGGAGGCCGGACCUGCCUCCGAUGCGGCGGCAGCGCACGACACGGAGGCCGCACCCUCGCACGACACGGAGGCCGCACCCUCGUCCGACGCCGCGGCAGCGCACGACACGGAGGCCGCGCCUCAGUCCGGCGCAGCGGCAGCGCGCGACACGGAGGCCGCCCCUGAGUCCGGCGCAGCGGCAGCGCGCGACACGGAGGCCGCCCCUGAGUCCGGCGCAGCGGCAGCGCGCGACACGGAGGCCGCCCCUGAGUCCGGCGCAGCGGCAGCGCGCGACACGGAGGCCGCCCUGACGGCAGCGCGCGACACGGAGGCCGCGCCUCAGUCCGGCGCAGCGGCAGCGCGCGACACGGAGGCCGCCCCUGAGUCCGGCGCAGCGGCAGCGCGCGACAUGGAGGCUGUGGUAGCAGCGUCGGAAGUGGCGGCAGCAGCGCACGGCACGGAAGCGGCGUCGGAAGCGGCGGCAGCAGCGCACGGCACGGAAGCGGCGUCGGAAGCGGCGGCAGCAGCGCACGGCACGGAAGCGGCGUCGGAAGCGGCGGCAGCAGCGCACGGCACGGAAGCGGCGUCGGACGCGGCAGAAGCAGCGCACGCGCACGGCUCGGACGCGGCGGAAGCAGCGCACGGCUCGGAAGCAGCGCACGGCUCGGACGCGGCGGAAGCAGCGCACGGCUCGGAAGCAGCGCACGGCUCGGAAGCGGCGUCGGACGCGGCGGAAGCAGCGCACGGCUCGGAAGCGGCGUCGGACGCGGCAGCAGCAGCGCACGGCUCGGACGCGGCGGAAGCAGCGCACGGCUCGGAAGCGGCGUCGGACGCGGCGGCAGCAGCGCACGGCUCGGACGCGGCGGAAGCAGCGCACGGCUCAGAAGCGGCAUCGAACGCGGCGGCAGCAGCGCACGGCUCGGACGCGGCGCACGGCUCGGAAGCGGCGUCGGACGCGGCGGCAGCAGUGCACGGCUCGGACGCGGCGGAAGCAGCGCACGGCUCGGACGCGGCGUCGGACGCGGCGGCAGCAGCGCACGGCUCGGAAGCGGCGGCGUCUGACGCCUUGGGAGCAUGCAGCACGGAGGCGGCGGCAGCGUCUGACGCCUUGGCAGCAUGCAGCACGGAGGCCGCGGCAGCGCACGGCACGGAGGCCGCUCAUGCGUCGGACGCCUUGGCAGCAUGCAGCACGGAGGCCGCGGCAGCACACGGCGCGGAGGCCGCUCAUGUGUCCGACCUGGCGGCAGCGCACGGCGCGGAGGCCGCUCAUGUGUCCGACCCGGCGGCAGCGCACGGCGCGGAGGCCGCUCAUGUGUCCGACCCGGCGGCAGCGCACGGCGCGGAGGCCGCUCAUGUGUCCGACCCGGCGGCAGCGCGCGGCACGGAGGCCGCUGUAGUACAAGAGAAAGAAGCAACUCCUGCUUCAGAAGAUAUUGCUGUACAGGACAUGAUGGUAGCCUCUGUUUUACAGGAGACAGGUGCAGCUCCUGUGUCCAAUGUCGCUACCAUGCAAGACAUCAAAGCAACUUUUGUUUCGGAUCCUGCUGUAGCACAAAACACGGAAAAAGUUCCAGCAUCCCUUACUACUAUAGUACAGGAGGUGGAAAUGUCUUCUGCUUCUCAGUCAGCUGAAGGUGAGGGUAAGGAAAAGACAUGUUCUAAAAAUGCUUCUGCUUCAGAGGCUUCACUGGGGGGAAAGGAAACUCUUUUUGGCUCUGAGAACACUACAAUGAGGAAACGGGAAAUGACUCCUUGCUUUGAAGCCAGUGUAUUAAGGGAAAAUGAAAUCGCCUCUGUCUCUGACACUGUAAUAGACACAAGGAAAGUUGGUUUCAGCGCUGAGGUUGCUCGAGAAGGCAAAAUGGUAAAGGCUGCUGGCUCAGGUUCCACUCUUGAAGGGGAUACAGCUUCUAAUGGGGGUGCUAGUGCUGAGAUCAUGACACUGAGAAAAAAAGAAAAUGCAGCUGGAAUUAACACCUCAGUACAAGACGAAAAGGAGAAAUUCUCUACUGAAGAUGCUUCUAGCCUUCAUGCCACCAAAGUAAGUGAUAAUACACAAACGUGUACAGAAUAUAGUGCUCAUCCUCAUGCUGCAGCUGGAAAAAUGGAAUCCAUUACGGAGUCUUCUGUAGCAGGAAGGAAAGAGGAAUUGGAUCCCAUGAAAGCUCAAAUUUCAAGUGCAAUACUGCCUGUGGUCUCAGAAGAAAUAUCUGAGGAUGUAGCGAUAAAGCAUCCCUUGAACGAAGGCAGCCAAGUGGAACUAAUGGAAAUCAGUGUGAAGAGUUCUGCUGGUGUUAAUGAGGAGAUGGAGCAGAUUCUUGGUGCAAGCGGAGGUUAUUCUGAUGGUAAAGUACUAAAGAUUGCAGAGGAAGAAGAGGAGUCAACCACAGAACCUGUUCGGAUUGAGCAUAACAGGCCUUCUAUGGGUGUUCUCAUGGACAGAACUGUUGCAGCAACCUUUUCUGAGGCAGAAAAAAACUCAUCUGGACUUAAUUCCUUGUCUAUGAAACCCAGAAUGUCGGAGGAAAAAAUUCAGAACACUGAGAGUCCAGUAAAAGAAGGUACUUCAGAAGAGGAGGUAAAACAGUUUAAAGGAUCAGAAAACUCGCAUCAGGCAGAGCACAGAGAAGCUGAAGAAACAAAGGAUGUGGUCAAAGAAAAUGAAAAAUGGAAGGGGCAAGAAUGUGACAACCAGCCGGAGGACAAAAAACUGGCAGAUGCAUUACUGAAGGAAACUGAAGGAGGAAAUGAAGUUUCUUCCCAAAUUCAGGAAGAUGGCAUCCGUUUGAAGAUUCGCCUUCCGAGCCACCGUAGGACAGUGGAGAUCCAGAAAGACUCAGAACUGGAAGUAGCUGAUGGGAGGUCUCUGAGGAGGUCACCCAGGAUUUGUCGACCAACAGCCAAGUUGGUUGAAAUUCAGGACAUGAAAUUGGAGAAGAGGCAGACAGCAGCAUCUGUGGUGAAAGAAGAGGGGCAGGAUGAAGAUCAUGAAAAAGAAGAGAAGCCAGCCCAAAGAAAGCAGAGGGAUCGGAAAAUUGAUCCAGAUAGCCAGCCUAAGUCUACAAAGGGAAGACGACGGCAGCGACGAGCCAGGUGGUCCAACACGCGAACAAGGUGGCGCAAAACAAAGGGUUCUAGCGAGGAGGAGGAUGAGGAGGAGGAAAGCGAUGAUGACGAUGAUGAUAGUGAUGAAGACUAUAAGGUGGAGAAAGACAGGAAGAGAAACAGGAACAAACAGAAUAAUGACACAGACACAUCCAUCACCUCCUCUUCAGGUGAUGAGAUCCCAAACGAUGAUCCUUGUAAGCACUGUGGCUUGCCCAACCACCCUGAACUGAUCUUGCUCUGUGACUCCUGUGACAGUGGUUAUCACACAGCCUGCCUGAGACCACCCCUCAUGAUCAUUCCUGAUGGCGAGUGGUUUUGUCCACCUUGCCAACAUAAACUGUUGUGUGAGAGGCUAGAGGAGCAGCUACAGAAUCUGGAUGUGGCCCUGAAGAAGAGGGAACGAGCAGAACGAAGGAAAGAGAGGCUCCUGUAUGUUGGGAUCAGUGUUGAGAACAUCAUCCCUCCUACUGAGGUUGGAAUAGAGGAGGAAAAACGUGAGAAAGAAGAAGAGAAGGGGGAAGAGGUGUAUAAGAAAGAAGUAAAAAAGAGCAGAAAUUUUGGGAGGCGGUCAACCCGUACCAGGAAACAUAUAAGCUACAGGUUUGAUGAGUUUGAUGAGGCCAUUGAAGAGGCAAUUGAAGAGGACAUCAAAGAGGCAGAGGGCGGGGGCGCGGGCCGAGGAAAAGAUAUGUCCACAAUCCUGUCAGAGGAAGGCAAGGAGAAUGGUCGGCCGCCUAAGGCCAACCCCACACCCCGCAGGAAGAAGCGACGACGUCUCAACGACCUGGACAGUGACAGCACUAUGGAGGAGGAGGAGAGCGAGGAAGAGUUCAGGCUCAGUGACAGUACCGAGGAAGAUGAUUUUGUGGUGUCAGAUAAUGAUGUGGACAGUGAAGAAGAAAUCCAGUCCAACGACAGCGACUUUGGCAGCAAUGGGGAGAGCCCCCGUUAUGUGUCAUCUCGGUCAACGAAGUCUGUCAGGCGACAGAGGAACUCUCAACGAUCACAACGCCAGCAGCGUCGGCGAAGAGGGUAUUCAGAUGAUGAAGAGGAAGAGGAGACCGAUGAAGAGGAAGAAGAGGAAAUGGUGACUGAGGCCUCUAGUGAUUUCAGUCCCAGUGACCUGGACACAUGGCGCCGUCGCUCCCGCAGAAGCCUAAAGCGACAAGUGAAUUACUGUGAGACAUCAGACUCAGAAGGCUCCCAGGGGGCCAAUAGGGACCGGCCCAAAAUACCAUCACGCCGUCGUCGGCUCUCCACCUCUGAAAGUGAAGGAAGCUUUUGUUCCAAAGACUCUGAAGAGAAGGGGAAGAAGAAGAGAAGCAGGCUAAUGGAUGUCUCAUCAGAGGAAGACUCUAGGAAGAGACGACAGCAGUUAACACUUAAACGGAGCAGAGGGUCUGAAGAUGAUGAUGAUGAUGAUGAUGAUGAUUCGGAUAACUCCGAGAUGGAAGAGGAACGACCUGUCCGCAAAAGGGUUAACCGCAUUGACUCAGAUGAUGACGAUGAAGAGGAGAACAAGGUAUCCAUGGAGAAGCCUAUGGGCAGCAUGGAAAGAAGGCCCCACCAAGUUCCAACUGAUGAUGAAGUAGAAGGGGUAGAGGGUGUACUGGAGAAAGAAACAAGCCCCCUAGACUAUGGCUUGGUGGAGCUGCCCUCUGCCAACGGACAAAGCCCUAUUAAAGGCCUGGAGGGCCUGAUUGCCCGGGGCCAUGUGGGGCCCAAGAAUGGUGGGCCAACUCUGCCCCCAGCCAUGCUGGCACCCAAUGGCAUGGCUCCUCAGGAGAUCCUGCCGCAGGAAGAUGAUGAGGAUGACCUGUUGGGAGUGACGGACCUUGUGGACUACGUGUGUAACAGCGAAGCAUUAUAAGGCCCUUGACCGUAUUAUUGUUUUCAUUAAUGUUUUGUCCCCUCUAAAUUCCCAUCCUUCAGGACAGUUGCCAUCUAUACUUGCUUGUCUUCCGUCUUCCUUCCCCUCCUGCUGCCAGUAUAAACUGGAGCCCCAAGUGAAGUUAGGUGUCAUUAAUGGCAUCACCACAAAGAACAGUGGGUUACCAGGGGCAGGGGGUGAUUUUCUUAACGCACUUGUGCGAUCCUCUGCUGGAUUUUACGGACACAGGCUCACAGCCAAUUCUCUUCGUUACUCUUUGUAUUACCAUUCUGAUGAAGACAGGUCUGUUAUUUUUAUUCCUUA